CUGAUGUAAAGCGUUGGCAAUAGAACAGUCGUUAUUGACUAUGCCUUCCCUACGCUUUCCUUCCCAGCUGUUCAUACAUGGCUUUUAACGACAUUAUAGGUUUGCUCAACCGUCCCUCCUGGCGUCCCCUCACUUCAUCAUCCCCCCACUCCCCAUCUUCCUCCUUUGUUUUUUGUUAAACAUUUUCAAGAUCUGUGUGGGUUAUAGCAACCCUUUGCAGUAGUUGUUGGUUUUAAGAGUUGAAGGGGUCCCAAAUUUGCAGCAUUGACAACAAUCCAAAAAAGGAGGAAAUUUUUCUUAGAAUUUUGGAAUCAGCACUUGAGCGAUUGGCUUGUUUUGUCUACAAAUGGGUUGGAGAAAUAUAAUCUCUUUCUGUCCUACUCCAAAUUUCCGGAACAUGUUUCAGGUUAACCCGAAUGAGGUGGAGCUUGGAUGCCAGCAUACUAUCAAGUCUCAUGGGGGACAAGUCGCGAGGCAUCACAAGCAUGACUGGUUGAUACUCAUACUGCUUGUAGUCAUUGACAUCAUUUUGAAUAUCAUCCACCCGUUUUACCGUUUUGUCGGGCAAGACAUGAUGACAGAUCUGAAAUAUCCUAUGAAAGACAACACUGUGCCAGUAUGGGCGGUUCCGCUGUAUGCAGUUUUGCUGCCUAUUGCUAUUUUUGUCCUAUACUAUCUGCGGAGGAGAGAUGUCUAUGAUUUGCAUCAUAGUAUACUAGGACUCCUAUUUGCUGUGCUGAUAACUGGAGUCCUCACAGACUCGAUAAAAAAUGCAGUUGGCCGACCACGGCCCGACUUCUUCUGGCGCUGCUUUCCCGACGGUAUAGAUAAAUAUGAUCGGUGGGGCGAUGUGGUGUGCCAUGGUAAAUCUAGUGAUAUAAAAGAAGGGCAUAAGAGUUUUCCAAGUGGUCAUACAUCAUGGUCAUUCGCGGGUCUUGGUUUCCUUGCGUUAUACUUGUCGGGAAAAAUUAAAUGCUUUGACCGUCGGGGGCAUGUGGCAAAAUUAUGCAUCAUUUUUCUCCCCAUCCUUGCUGCAUGUCUCGUUGGUAUUUCUCGAGUGGAUGAUUACUGGCAUCAUUGGCAAGACGUGUUUGCGGGCGGGCUCCUUGGUCUCACGGUUGCUACAUUUUGCUACCUGCAGUUCUUCCCACCUCCAUACCACACUGAAGGAUGGGGUCCAUACGCAUAUUUCCGAGCAGUGGAGGAAGCUCGUCCCAACUCAGCACCAGUCCAGCCGAGGAAUGGGAUCAGCAUGCAAGGAAUGAAUGAACAAAGUUUAGCAGUAAACACCAAUGUAGCGGAUCAAGAUUUAGACACAAGUUUUGAUGCUAUGGAGUCUGGAAGAAGGUAGACCUAGAAAUAUUUUUGUUCCUUGGAUUUUGUCAUUGAAGGGAUUCUCUGUUAGUAUCUAGUAAUAUUGUUUAUGUCUUAAAUUCUUGUGUUAUUGGUUUCAUCUAGUCUGGAUCAUGAUGCAUGUAUAGUAAUUUCUUCAGUUAUUUUUAUGUUUA